GCGCCUUCGAGAUGGGCUACUCAGGCGGCGACGACCAACGCAGCGCUUCGAUAACGACACCCAUUGCAGUCUGUAUGGGCAUUUCUUUGUACAAUGUUAUUGAGCUCAACGUUCUUAUCCUCACGACGUUCAAGACGCGGAAGAGCUUGUACUUUUGGAGCUUUCUGGCUGCUACGAAUGGGAUUGCACCUCAUACUAUCGGCUUCCUUCUCAAGAACUUGGUCUUUUCUGAUAACUUUGUUUUAUAUAUCACACUUAUUUCUGUUGGUUGGGUUUUGAUGGUCACGGGCCAAUCGCUCGUUUUAUACUCUCGACUACACCUUAUUUUCUGGAACCAGUUUAUUCUAAAGCUUGUGCUGGCUAUGAUUAUCACCAAUGCUGUUGUUUUGCAUAUUCCGAUUAUUAUUCUCAUGUACGGCGCCAACAGCAGCGACAAAAAUCCAUGGGUCCAUCCUUAUCAGAUCUACGAGAAGAUUCAAGUCACGGUGUUCUUUUUCCAAGAACUCAUUAUCUCGGCGAUUUACAUCAAAGCGUGCUCCUCGUUCUUCGGGACCGAGGGGCUUUUAUACCGGAAAGGUGUUCAACGAAUGAGAAGACAUCUGCUCUUUGUCAACGUUAUCAUAAUCCUUCUCGACAUUCCGAUCCUGGUCCUCGAAUUCGCAGACUUUUACGACUUUCAGACAGCUUACAAAGCGAUUGUCUACAGUAUCAAGUUGAAGCUUGAGUUUAACCUUUUGAAUCGGCUUGUGGAGGUUGCAAAAGGGAAUGAUACACGUGGGACGGAGAGUGGAAAUCAAAUUGUGCAUUUGAAUGUUUUUGAGCAAGAUGGUGCUGGAUAUGUGGCCAAGGACAGCGAGUGUGGAAACAUGGCAAGGGAUGCAAACACGAAGAGACGAAAACGAGGAGACUCGAUGGCGGAUGAUAGGAUAUUGAUUGAGACGGAAAUAUCUGUUACUUGUGUUGAAAGGAGGGAGGAUGAUAAUGACAGUACGGGAUGAAGGAUGUCGAUAUAGGACUAAAUUAAUGAAUGAAAUGGCUUUAACUCUUCAA